AUGGACGAGGGGAGCCUGGAGGCGGCGAUCCGCACGUACCGCGCCCAGCUGCAGCAGGUGGAGCUGGCCCUGGGCCUGGACCCCGCGCCGCAGACGGACCUGCUGCAGCUGCGGCAGGACCUGCGGCAGCUCAUCGAGCUCACCGAGGCCAGCCUGGUGUCCGUGAAGAAGAGCAACCUCCUGGCGACGCUCGACACGAGCGCGGCCUCCUCCUGCCCCGCCAGUGCCCCGCAGCAGGAGGUCGAGCUGGGCAGCUCUGCCCAGGAUGAGGAAUAUGCGGCUUUUAAGGAAGCUAUUGCCGAGCUCGGGACUGAGGACGAACCUUCAGCUGCUAAUGAGGAGAUACCGUCAAAGGGAGGCGAAGAAACUGAUGGGAAAAGUGACUCCAAGUGCAGCGAAGAGGAGGAGUCUGACAGAGAGGAGGAGGAGGAGGAGGAACUGAGUGGGAUGAAGGUUAAAGCCCCAUACUACAGUUCUUGGGGGACCCUGGAGUACCAUAAUGCCAUGAUUGUGGGCACGGAAUACCUGGAGGAUGGCAGUGCAGGAGUCCGAGUGCUGUAUCUCUAUCCCACACACAAGUCUCUGAAGCCCUGCCCGUUCUUCCUGGAUGACAAAUGCAGAUUUAAGGAGAACUGUCGGCAGGAGAUUGGACUGGAUAACUUUGUUUCUGUGGGCUCGGCCUGCCUGGCGAAGCACAGCGAUGGAAUCUGGUACACGGCCAAAAUAACCGACAUCGACAGUGGCUACUACACUGUGAAGUUUGAUUCCCUGCUGCUAAAGGAAGCUGUGGUGGAAGGAGAUGGUAUCAUUCCCCCACUGCGAAGUGAGGAUGGCGCCUCCUCUGCUGAAUCUGAUGAAGACAGCGUUGAUGAUUCUGGCUAUGCUAAAGUGAUAGACUCGGGCGUCCCAGAAAACGGGGAGUGGACUCCAGCUUGCAGUUCCUCUUUCGGUGGCUGGGAAGCCCAUACUCGUGGCAUUGGCUCCAAGCUGCUCAUUCGGAUGGGAUACGAGUUUGGAAAAGGUUUAGGGAAGAAUUCCGAGGGCCGCGUGGAGCCGGUGCAGGCCGUAGUGCUUCCUCGAGGGAAGUCCCUCGACCAGUGUGCAGAGGUGCUCCAGAGGAAGCAGCAGGGCAGGCUGGACGCCAGGAAACCCAGGAAAUGCCAAGGGAAGGGGAGCAGCGCGGGCCAGUCCGGCACGCGUGGCCGCAAGCCUCCCCGCAACGUGUUUGACUUCUUGAAUGAGAAACUGCGGGGAAAGAGCACCGGAGAGAAGGCUGGAGGGGCAGCGCUGCCAGAGAGGAACAGCAAAGAGAUUUACCAUGCCAGCAAAAGCACCAAGAAGGCCCUGAGCGUCCGGCUCUUCCAAACCAUGGAGAAGAUUGAACAAACGCAGAAGGAUAUCAGAGGAAUCCAGCAGGCUCUGGCGCGCAACGUUGGACGGCACAGCGUCGCUGCGGCGCAGCUGGAGGAGAAACUGGCUAAUGCUCACAAGCAGCUGGGGCAGCUGCAGGCCCAGGAAGCCAGUCUGCAGCGGGAGCAGAAGAAAGCAGACACCCACAAGAAGAUGACUGAGUUCUAGGCUCCGAGGAGGGCGUCGGGCUGCAGUGC